CUCGGAAGACUGUAUCAAGGUGCUCCGAAAAGCAUUCGAGCAUUGACUAUACUAUCGUAAAAUAAAUGCCAAUGUGAAUAGAAAUAGCGUGAAAAUGAUGAAAUGUUUCGAGUGUUUUUUAUAUUUAAUAGCAAUUGUUAAUAAAUCAUCCCAUCCAAUUUAAUUGAAUCAACAAAUUUAUUAUUAUAAUAAGUUAUUACUUUGUUUAUUCCAUUUCUACUUGUCAAACAUGGAUGCCGACGAACUGACACCGCAAGAUAUUCAGCGGAAAGUUUAUUUUUUAAUGGACCAAUUACAACAAAUGGUUCGCGAGUUACCAAUCAAGUAUCAGAUGAGACUUCCCUAUGAACUUUUAUCUGGCUUGGCUAAUAAUUUGUUAAAUGAUACCAUUUUUGAAAUUGUAAAGGGUUUGAUGGAAAUUCAGCAUGUAACGGAGAAACAUCUAUUUCAACAACGUUUACAAUUAAUUAGUUCACAGAAAAAUGAAAUUCUGCAAGCUUUAGCAAAUAUACACUCUGAUGAAGAAAAAGAAGCUGUUAAACAGGCCAUGUUUCAAAGACACAGAGAAGAAUUAAAACAGCAAGAUAUGAAAUUGGUCUUGCAACUUGAUCAAAAAGUUGCUGAUCAGCAGAGUACCUUGGAGAAAGCUGGUAUACCUGGUUUUUACAUCACAAACAAUCCUAUGGAUAUACAAGUUCAAAUGAGACUUUGUGACUUUAUUAUAAGACUUAGCAAAAUGGAUUUUCCUGGAUAGUAUUUUCGUUAAAUUAGAAUGAGAAAAAUAGAUGACUUGAAUAAUUACCAAAAAUGUUCACUACAUCAUCAUUCAUUAUUAACAUCAUUGUCAUUCAAUUAAACAUACACUUAUUAUAUAAUGAAUGAAAAGAAAAUUAUUAUUAGUUUAAACAAUAUAUUUUUGUACAAAGCUUUGCAUUUCCUAGAUAAAAUUAUAUCAUCUUUAACUUUCAUAUUAUACAAAAUUGUAUGAAGCAUCUUAACAACAAAUUAUGUUUGUAAAACGCAUUUACUGUACAUAUUUACAAAGGAUACUCUUUUUGCAAAAAUAUGUAUUACUCUGUAACAAGUUUGAAAUAUCACGAACUUGAUCAUUUGAUACUGUUGUGCUAUUAAAAGACUGACUAAAUUAC